CUCCAUGUAAUUUAGCAACUUCCUUUUCACACCACUAAAUCAUAAUUUGCAAAUUGCCUCCUUAGUUCAUAAUAUCUAAAACAAACAUGAGUGUGUACAUAAGUUGUCUUCAAAAGUCAUUUCAAAAUCAAAUAGCAAUAACCGUGGGAAUGAGAAAAGAUGUUCAGGGUGUCUACUGGAUACCUCAUCUUUAAAAGCCAAUGAUUUGGACAGGCCGUAGUCACUCAACAAAGAAAGCCUAAGACAUGAUGCAUCACAUUCUUCUGCUCCUCUCUUUGGCUGGCUCAACAUAUGGUUGGCGGCCGGUGGAGGAGUGGGGCUCUGGAAAUGUAACAGGCACUGUGGGAGAGUUCGGGCAAUGUAUCUGCAAAGUAUUCCUUCCUGACACUACAUUCCCAGCAGACCGUGUGGAUAUUGUGCAGAUAACUUCUAAUAAGCUGACUGCUGAAGUGGAGGUCCAUAUUAACAAGGUGAUUUAUAUAAAAGCCGAGCUGGUUAUUCUUCUCUCGGAGCUCGGUAACUUGACCACUCGUGUGGAUAUAUUGGGAAGUGGGCCUGACAAGUACAUCAAACUUGAGUUUGACCUCCUGAGGGUCGAGCUGCGUGAGUUCGAAUCACUGGUCACACACCUGAAAACAUCCCUUAACUCCUCCUCACCAGUCUUUGACAGCCUUUACAAUGAGAUCCUCAACAUGAGCCUGACUGUAGACCAGCUGGAAAGCUAUGACAAGAGCAACUUAGAAGUGAUCCGCCUCGAGUUUAUCAAACUUCAGAAGAAGCUGGAGAAAUGCAGAGACGAACAAGAUAACUUCUCCAAUGCAGCAGUCGGUUCCUGCAAGCAUGGAGGUAUUCUGAAAAUCAGCAAGCCUGUAGUUAGCCAGCUGAAUGCAGAUCUGAGUGGAAGCUACUUAUAUGGAGGAUGGGGCAAAGACUCUAGCCCUGUGCCUGGUUCUGAAAAUAUAUACUGGUACUCUGCUUUCUCUAGUACACUGCUGAGUAGAAUUCAUGUUUAUUCAGACUACUACAAAUUGAUCAUGAGACAGCCAAUGAAAACUCACGAGCUUUAUACCAGCCGUGACUGGAGAGGUCUCGGUAAUAACUACAUUGUGCGUAGUAACACCCUGUAUUAUCAGUUCAAAGACCCUUUCAGCAUGGGGAAAUACAACAUGACCAGUCAGACUGCAACAUACAGGGUGGUGCCAAAGGCCAGUAACAGAUUCUCCUACCAAUAUUCCGGCAAUCAGAACUUAGACUUUGCAGCAGAUGAGAAUGGAUUGUGGGUGACGUAUGCUACAGAGGAAGCGAAGGGUAAACUGGUGCUGGGAAAAAUAGAUGAGGCAGCAUUUGCGCUGACAGAAGUUUGGGAAACCAGCAUUUUCAAACAAUCUGUCACGAAUGCCUUCAUGAUAUGCGGUGUUCUUUACGCUACACGAUCUAUAGAUGCCCAAACAGAAGAGAUCUUUUACACUUACAACACACGCACGAGACAGGAUAGCUAUGUUAGCAUUCAGUAUGAAAAGUUCCAGGAUUUCUAUGUCAACUUGGACUAUAACCCUAGAGAUCAGAAACUCUACAUGUUCAACAAUGGCUACUAUGUCUCAUAUAAUGUAAAGUUUAAGAGUGCCUAGACACCCUUUGACAGGCCAAAUAUACUGAACAGUCUGACGGUGUGAUCUUAAUUCCCUGAUUAAUUAUACAGACAAAUAUGGUUUUCUGUUUUGUGAAUGAAUAAAAAUGAAUUAAAGCAUUAAUCAGAGGUGUUUUCUUUGAUUACGUUGUUGUGUUUGGUUAUGCUAAACGGGUGUAUGUGUGAAUGGGUGUGUGAAUGAAUGCCGGCGACCCUGACCAAGAGAAGAUGAAUAAAUGAAUGAAUAAUUUAUAAAGAACAUACUGGCUAUUGCCUCAUAUAUUUCAAGGCAAAGAGAGAAUUCAAUCCAACAUUGCAAAAAGCCAAAACAUACAGAUGCUUCAGGGAAUAUAAGAUUGCAAAUAAGCAGACAAAUGUUUAUGUGUGUGAUAUUUAACUUGUGUGAGGUUUCACACAUAAUAUUACACACACACAUUUACCAAACAGUAAUAUUUCAUUAUAUUUUUAAAUGGUCACUAAAAUGAAAACAUUUCAGAAGGUCUAACAAUUUCUCUUGAAGUAAUGCUUUAAAUUUUGUGUAUGCCUCCUUGGAGAUAGAGUGGCUAUGGUUGAUUUGCUGUGUGUUAAACUGAGGCACUGAUGACAGAGUGGAUCAUGGAAAGUGAUGUAAUACCCUUACAAACUAGGUUCCAUUUUGUGUAACCCGAUCCCCCUGAGCCCCUCUGAGCCACCAUCACCUCUCCUCCUCUCCUGCUCUCCCCAGCUGCUCCCUGCAAAUACACUAAUUACCCAUACG